GACCACUUCACGAUACACAUCCAAGUGAGCAGGGUAACCAGAAACAGUCAAGGAAGCAAGGCAUCCGUGCCUUACACGGACAACUCAGUGAAGAUGUCAAGAAAAGACCUGAAAGUCGGGAAGUGGUUGAAGGUGAACGUCACCACCAUGGUGGCGGAGUUCUUCAGGCUGCCCCGGGAGUAUUUAGCAGUAGUAGUGAGAGUACAAGACUCCAGGAAUCGGAUGAGCCUGGUCGUGCCGCAUCCUAGCUCCGAAUCUAAUCAUGCAUUGAUGCCAUACAUAGAAGUAAGUCUAAAAGAUGACUCGCACAAGCGCACGCGGCGGCACAUCGGCAUGGACUGCACCGAAAACACAAAAGAGGUGCGUUGCUGCCGAUACCCCCUCGUGGUUAACUUCGAAGAGUUCGGUUGGGACUGGAUCAUAGCCCCUAAGCUGUACGACGCAAACUACUGCAGUGGGGAAUGCCCGUACAGCUUCUUACAGAAGUAUCCCCACACACACCUGGUCCAUCUAGCGGCCCCACAAGGCAGCGGAGGACCCUGCUGCGCUCCUAGACGGAUGAGCAGCAUCUCCAUGCUGUAUUUCGAUCAUGACCUUAAUAUUAUAUAUGGGACUAUACCUGGUAUGGUGGUGGACAGUUGUGGGUGCUCAUAGCAACGUCGGCGUGUUAGUGAUGGCUCCAAGUGUUCGAUCUUCAAUCUAUAUCCCUUGUCUCAUUUUUAUUUGUGUUUUUAAAUUUAGAACACGUGGUUUGUGUCAAAAAUUUGAUUUUCUACUUGUCCACAUUUCGCAGUAAUAGUACAGUAUAGUAAUAUUAAUAUCAAUUAUUUCUGUCAGCCCACUUGGAGCCAAUUUAAGUGUAGUGUCUUUCGCUAUGUGAUAAUUUGGUUGAAGACUGCGGAAUCCUAGUGUUGUGUCAUGUGUGCGAUGCGUGUGACAAUGUAAGACGUCUUUUAAAGCAAUUUUACAAAACUGUAAUUUUACCCCUUGUCAUUUAACCCCCAAUUGCUUAAAAAUACUUUCUAGUGUCCUCCAAGUUUGAUUUUUACUUUAAUUUAAAAUAAUUCAGUUUUGUAAAAUCACAUUAAAAGAUUGUGUUUUAUUUACAUGUGUACCUACAGAUAGAUUAAAUUCGACUCUGUUAAUUUUAAGGCUCAUCUAGGCCUAGGCUACAACCAUUAUCAUUGUACAAUUUGAACUGAAGAAUGUACCUAAACCCUAUUUUGACAAAACUGGACUCCACUGUACGAUAUACAUAAUAAUACUAAAGAACCUGCAUCUUUUGUAAAUCCAAUAGACAAGAUUUGGCAUUAACGAUAAAGGCCUAAAAAGAUAGCAUUGAUGAAUAAAUUCAAAAUU